AUGGGGUUGAUCGUUCCUACUGGCGCCGAGGUUGUACACUCGUUUGCCUGGGAGACUGCAGCAAGUGCUACAACUAUUGCGUUCGAGAAAAUUGAAGCGGAUCCCGCUCUUCUUCCUGGGCAUACAUUCAGUGUGGUAUGGGUACUUGCAAACUGCAAUCCCAGAAUUGGAACUGGAAUGGCAGUGGAUCUGUAUUACAAGGAACAAGUAGAUUUCUUUGCCGGGGCUCCAUGUUCUUUAGGUACAUGCUGUUGUUAUCAUGCAACUAUCAGAGCAAGAUUUUAUGUGGCUAUUUUUUGUCAAUAUAGUUGGGAACGUGCUGUACUUGUAACGUCAAUCGCGCUAGAUGUGUGCGAGUAUUCUGCAAAUGCUUUGCAAAAAGCCUUUCAACAGAAUAAUAUUACCGUUGGUGACCAUAUACAAUUAGAUGGGGACAUAUAUCAAUAUGACAAUGCAGCUCACAACAUUCGGGAAAGAGGGAGAAUUGUAAUCCUGUGCAAUAAAGAUCUGGAGGAUGAACGCGAAUUUAUGUUAUAUGCAUUCGAUCACGGAAUGACGGAAGGUGACUAUGUGUUUAUCAGUCUGAAUCCUCUGUUCACAUAUGAAGAAAUAUCGAGCACACCAUGGAAAGGCGACGGCGAUAGAGAUGAUGACCUGCGUUCAGCAUAUGAAACAGUGUUAUACGUUAAAUUGAAGACUGUCAGUAGUGAUGAGAUUGACGACUUUCUAAAUAUGAUCCCAAUUAAAAUGGCACAACCACCAUUUAACUAUUCCACUCCAGUCGGCACAAAGGGAAAUCUUUUCUCACCUUAUUUACACGAUGCUACUUUACUGUAUGCUAUUGCUUUGAACAAGAGUUUAGAACAAGGAAAUGAUCCACGAGAUGGCGAAGCAUGGUUUGAAAAUGUCAAAGGACUAAAAUUCGAAGGAAUGUCUGGUACAGUAAUAAUGGAUGAAAACGGAGACCGGGAGCCUGAUUAUUUGCUGUUGGACCUCAGACCAUCUGGGCAUUUAGCUGCCUUUGCUGAGGUUCGAGUUGAUGAAAACGCCAAGAUAUUUGAUUCUUUUCUGCAACCAAUCUGGUCAAAAUAUGGAACACUUGACCCUCCAUCUGAUAAACCAUCAUGUGGAUUCCUAGAUGAGCUGUGUGAUACUACCAGUAACUAUUCAGGACUGAUUAUUGGUGUUUGUGUGGCGAUUGCUUUUUGUGUAAUUAUAAUAGUUUGUGCUGUUUAUAUUUACAGUCGCCAUUCACGGGAAAAGAUGGGGAAUUCGCUAUGGAAGAUACAGUAUUCAGACCUUAAGUUUGUGAAAACCGAGAAGACGGCUUCAUUUCACGAAUCUUACUACGACAGGAUGUCACUAAUGACGUCAUCAGAAGUUGUGGACAUCUCCAUGGAGCUAGCAUGGUGCCAGUCGUUACUCUGUGUCGUAAGACGUAUUUCAGGAGGUCAUUUGUCUCUCACAAAGAAUGAAAUAGAAGAAUUUAAGACCAUGCGUAAUCUACACCACGAUAAUGUGAAUAAGUUCAUUGGUAUUUGCUUGGAACCUGGUCAUAAUCUGCUUCUGUCAGUUUACUGUGCUAAAGGCAUGCUUAUGGACAUUCUAGAAAAUGAUGAUAUCCGCUUAGAUUGGAUGUUCCGCAGUUCCUUUAUGUUUGACAUAGUUGAGAGCAGUCUCGGCUGUCAUGGUAAUUUGAAAACUUCAACUUGCGUUGUUGACAAAAAAUGGGCGUUAAAAGUGACAGGAUUUGGGUGUGGUGCCAUACGCCAGAGAGAAGCAGCAAAGAGAUGCUUGAUUGAACAAAGACUUUCAGUGGCAGAGAUAGGUCAAGAAAAAUGGACAAAACAACUUUGGACUGCUCCUGAGCUGCUACGCGAGUCGAACCCCUCGAUAAAUGGCACCAAAAAAGGGGAUGUCUAUAGCUUUGGUGUUAUUUUGCAAGAAAUCAUUCAACGUAAAGGCCCCUUCCCGACGGAGCACGAGGGCAUGCCGACAAAAGAUAUAGUCAAUCGUGUUCGCAGCGGAGAAACCCCCCCUUUCAGGCCAGUCGUUCUACCCACUAUGUGUGAGCCAAACCUGAUGACAAUACUCGAAAGCUGUUUUAGCGAGGAUCCGGAGUCCAGACUAGACUUUAAACAAAUAAAACAAAAGCUAAUUGUAAUCAAUAAUGGAAAAAAACCAAACGUUCUUGAGAACGCCCUCCAAAAGAUGGAACGAUAUGCCGACAACUUGGAAGAGCUUGUGGAGGAAAGAACUGCACAAUUGACAUUGGAAAAGAAAAAGACGGACAUGCUGUUAUGUCGCAUGCUACCAACAUUAGUCGCAGAGAAACUGAAGGCCGGUGUGACGGUCGAUCCAGAAAGUUACGCAAAGGUCACAGUAUUCUUUUCAAAUAUUUGUGGGUUCAAUAAUAUUGCAGCACAGAGUAAGCCUAUGCAGAUUGUCGACCUUUUGAAUGACGUAUACACAUGUUUUGAUGAGAUCAUCGAACGAUAUGACGUUUAUAAGGUUGAAACUAUUAACGACGCAUACAUGGUCGUAUCUGGCCUACCUAAACAUAACGGGGACAAUCAUGCGUUUCACAUUGCCAACCUCUCAUUAGAUAUGUUGACAGCGACUUCGAUGUUCCAGAUAGGACAUAUGCCAGGCAAAAAAGUGACGGUUCGCAUAGGCAUAAACAGCGGUUCUUGUGCCGCCGGUGUGGUUGGCGUCGCUAUGCCCAGAUACUGCUUGUUCGGCGAUACGAUCAACGUGGCAGCGAGAAUGGAAAGCUCAUGCGAACCUAUGAAGAUUCACUGCAGCAAGUGGACAUAUCAUUUGUUAAAUGCUCGUGACAUUUAUCAGUUUCAAUGUCGUGGAGAAAUUGAAAUAAAGGGCAAAGGUUAUAUGAAAACAUUUUAUCUUAUUGGAACGAAGAAAGCUAACGGUCAAAGGCAAGUGACUUACAUUUAA